UGUUUCGAACUUGUAUUUGACAUUAUAAAUAUCAAAUAUGAAAGCAAUGUGAUCAAAUGCGUUGUACGAAAUACCUUCGAAAUUUACUAACCUUUCAAGCUUCAGAGAGUUUAACGGGAGUCGCCUGAACCAAGUCGAAAAUCGUAGUAGUGUCCGUUCGUUGAGCCUGAUAUUAAUAUUUGAAACUAAACGGAGUUUUUGAUUUCUUUAAAAUUAAAUGGCUCGUGUGUUCCAAUAUGUCCGUCCUGUAAAUGCAGUUUUAACAUCUAUAGAUUUGGGCAAUAAAACACGUCCUUCCGCAGAUGGAGUAAGAAUCAAGGAAGAGCCUCCAGAUUUCGAUGAUCUCAGUCCCUUCUUGACUGACGUAGACACAGUGACUCAAAAUGCAUCUACAAAACAUGCACGUCGUCGUUCAAAUACUGUUAGUAUCGGGAGCAACGAACGCAAUUUAAUUCGGGAAACAGUAGCUUCUAGCAAAAAUGAUUCGGAUACCUCUAGAAAGAAACGUAAACGGAAUACAAACGAUGAUUUGGAUUCCCAAUGUGUGGAGCGAAAAACUAGGAGGAGGACAAUUGUUUGCGAAAUUAAAGAUGUGCCAUCGAAGGAUAUCACGGAUGAAGUCAAGAACGAGGUGUUGUGUGACGUGUGUUUGGUACCAUUCUUAUCGAAGGCAAAGUUAAGCCACCAUACCCAGAGAUAUCGAACCCUGAUGGUGUGCGAAUAUUGCAGCGCACCGUUCAAUUUUCCCACAGCACUUUAUAGACACCAAUUGGUUCAUUUUCGUAAGUACGGUCCAGCUCCUAGGGCGAAGCUUGAGUGUUAUUUUUGUGAACGAAGAUUCGACAGGAAGGAACGUGUGCAAAUGCAUUUGUUUCACUGCCACGCAAACCUAUUGCAGUCUUACAUGUGUGAUGCUGACAACGGCAAAACAAGUACAGGGACGAAGGAUACUGCGUUGAGUCUAACCAGCGAUGUCACCAAAAGUGUAGAAAAUUCACGUAUGAAGGUCCUCCCUGCGGGUAUAGUCAACAAUGUCGAAGGAGGCAUAUGCAGAGAGGACACUACAACGAGUGUAAUCAACAGGCCAGAAAAAAAUACAAGUGGGAAGGAGACCACGGAGCAGGUAAUCAACAAUGCUGACGUAAGUGCAUGCAGGAAGGACACUACGGUGCCUGUAAUCGACAGUGCUGACAAAAGUACGUGCAUGGAGGACAGUACGAUGUAUUUAAUCAACAGUGCUGAAGAAACUACACAUAGGGAGGACACUACGGAGCGUGUAAUCAACAAUGCUGAAGAAACUACACAUAGGGAGGACACUACGGAACGUGUAAUCAACAAUGCUGAAGAAACUACACUUAGGGAGGACACUACGGAGCACGUAAUCAACAAUGUUGAAGCACGUAACCAUGUUGAAGAAACGUCAAGCAGUACAUGUGCGAAGGAUACUACAAUGCGUACGACUGACAAUGGCGAAGAACCUGCAGAAGAUACAUUUACGAAUGAUACUACCUUGAUUCUUGAUCAUGUUGACAAAAUGAAACAAAAUACACGCAUGGAAGGCACACAGGUGCCUGCGACCGACGAUACUGAAGGUGAUACAUGCAGAGAAGAAACAAUAAUUACAGGAGGAAAAGAUAUAAGCAUGGACGACACUAUGACACUUGGAGAGAGUGAUGUUCAAAAAUUGUCGGAAAAACCCAUGGAAGAGAUUAUGAACAUCAUUGGUGUAUCUAAAAAUGUCGAAGAAAAUACACUGGCAGACAACGGUAGAAAUUGUGUCCCUAAUAAUUCUGACAAAAUUGCAGAAAAUAUUUCAACCGCAAACAAUUCAAGUCGUGCCGUUCACGAUGUUAACAAAAUGGAGGAUGUUGAUACAAUUGAACAAGAUUCAUCGAUCAAACUCCGUAGAAGGUCUGUAAAGAAGGAUAACAAAGUCAAACAACCUACGUCUACUGGGGUUAGUACGAACCGUGUGCCAGAGAAUGAUGGAAAAACGAAAGAAAAUAUGCAGACAAAGAACACUGUCAUGACUAAAACCAGUAAUGCUGGAAAGGAGAACCCACCAAUAAAGAGUAGGAAGCGCAGAAAAAUGAAAGUUAACGAAGCCGAAAAAAAUUCUUCGAAACAACAACGUUCCAAAGUAAAUACAGAAACAAAAGAUGUUCAGAAUUCAUCGCCAAAGGUGGAUACAUAUCUUCUAAACGAUAAAAUCAAGAUCGAACCCGCGGAACCAGAAGACGACGAUUGCUUAAUCAUCGAUGUUGAAAACGUCAACGAAGUUACAUCGACAAAAAGUAAUAUAACCUGUUCCACGGAGAACAUUGACAAAUCACAUAGAAAGGUAGGUCAUACACGAAACACUGAUGAGAAAAUAGAUACUGAAAUGUUAGUGUCUAGUACUGUACCAACUUAUUCAUUUGGUACUGCGUCGCCUAGUACAGCGCCAUCUAGUACCAUGUCACCUAGUACUGUAACCAGUACUACGCCAAAAAAAUUAAGGCAAACCACUCUAAUGGAAUUUCUUUCAUUCUCUGGAAAGAAUUUGAAUCAGACCGCGUUAAAGACAGAAAAAGAAGAUGAGACGGAGCCCAGUUCGAGUGUUAGUGUGCAAAAUAAGAAAACGUGGAAACCUGUAUGUACUUCAACGCCACUACCAAGCUCAAGUGUCAGGGAUACCGUGGCUAAGACUUCUACCGAUAACGCUUCUACGCCGAUAUUACGAAUGCACAUGGAUCCCGACUCGAUGAUCAAUUUAUUGACUGAUCAGAUAAAGAGUGAAACUGUGGAUGAUUACGAUUCCAACGUUUCUCAAAAUUCUCCAUACAAUUUGAGAAAAACAAAGACCGAUUCUUGUCGCUCAUCUCCAAACUUACACGGUACCGUCUCUCCUAAUAUAAUGUCGGCAAAGAGGAGAAAACGAACUACGAAACAGAAACUAUCGUUGCAAGAGAAAUUGAAGGCUAAAUACAAUUGCAAAGACUGCGUAGUUCGUUUAGAAAGAUGCGAUUACACUUCUAAACGCGUGGUUUUUAAGACUGACAUGACCAAGAGCAGCAUUCCUCUGCAGUUGACGAUAGGAGGAAAAGGAGGCAGAGAUUUGUUAAGUGGCAAACAAACGAAUACCAAUAGCCCAACAAUUCGGAUAGUAAAACUAGAAAAUUGUAUCGUCGUCGAAGUGAUGGAAUCGAGGUAAAAGACGUUUCGUAAGUGGUAUUACCAUAAUAUGUGAAUCUCUUGAUUUAUAAAAUACUCUUGGACGUUUUGGUAAGUACAUGUAAACCAACGUAUAUCAUGCGAGAAAAUGGACAGGUGAUCUUUUGAUUUCCUGAAGGUUUCGUUCGUUACGAUACACGAAACAAGGGCUAUUAAACAUAUUGCUCGAUUGUUUUUUUUUAAAAUACGUUCAGAUUAGUCUGACUGACUAGUUUUUGCCAGUGCUUAAGAAUGAAGAAUAUAGCUGGUCUUAAUUUUUCUUUCUUUCCUGCUGGCGAGGACUACUGAUUCAGCAGAUUGAUAUCUGGGUUCAAGCAGGUUCAAUCUGGUAUUUUAAAUGGAUGUGAAAUGAAUUUGGGGGGAAGAAUCUUCUCGGGCGUACACGCCGACAUCCAUGAAAUUUUCGGCGGGUAUUUGAUUUGCCCAUUACUCGCAUAUAACAUAGUCAUCUUCGUCAGUCAUCAUGAACGCAGCAUAAUGUCGAUCACUUAUGGAGCGAUCAAGUGGUGUUUGAUAGCGCUUAUUUUUCGUAGCAAAACAUACGUACCAUUCAUUCAUCGAUACAUUCAGGGAUUCAUGAGACACUACUUGUAGAUUUCUUAGUGACAGCGAAAUCGUUGCUUUUCUGUUGACAACGCUGCCUCAAAUAUUCAGACCAAAAAGGCAGAAUGCUCCAAUGUCAUUCUAAUUUUAUUCAUAGCGUAAUAGUGUUGUCAACUGACCACCUAAAUUACUUUUAUAUUUAUGUUUCCUGUGCGGACCUUCAGAAUGUGAAAGUCAAACGUAAGAAUGUUGUGCACGAUAACACAUUAAACCAUUUUUAAAAAUAAUUAUAACGAUGAAAUGCUUGCAAUUAUAAUGCGUUGAUUUGGAAGACAGAAACGUGGCUUCUGAGACGUUAUAUAUGUUUAGUUAUGUUUUUAUAACUGCUAAACAUUAUACGUUUUACUUUAUACCAAUCGUAGGUGUUUGUAGAUGAUCAGCAUGAUGUAUGUAUAUAUAGUUAUAUAUACGCCUACGUUAUUAUAAAAGUGCAUAUCCAGGCAUUUUUAAUGAAUUUUUUUUGAGCCAUGUCAUGGCAAAUAAAUAUUUUUAACAACGAAAUCUUUUUAAUUUGCACAUUCCUUAUAUUUCCUGCCCUGCACGAAAUCAGUUUCGCCCGUAAAUUAUAUUGGCGUUAAAAGACCAUUUGACACGGCUCCAAUGAGCUAAGAUCUGCUAGGUUAAUAGGAAUCACAAAAUAAGUUUCGUGAUCCUUUCUGGCUGGAAGCACAUAUUCCGCGUAAUCAGAUUAACUUAUAUGCAAUAAUUAUACUCCAUUCUACAGGUUUUCUUGUUUUGGACAUGGUAUUCAUAGUGCCAUAUAAUUCAUCAGACUAUGUGGACUCGAAACAGAGCACUUCGCUGUUGCAUCUAUGGUACUAAUGUAUUAAGUUCUGUCUUCCUAUAGUCCCCUUUAACUGUGAUUAUUAUGAUCACUAUAUUUAGACUGAAUGGGUGGUCAGAAGUACCUUCAUCCACAAAACCACCUUUAUACUCGCAGUUGAUUCAGGAUCGUGAUUUCCGUGGUUGAGUUUUACUAUCAGCCAGAUCAUUCUUUCAUUUCAGUUAGUUAUUUCCAGUCAGUCGAUUUGCUUCCAUUUCAUGUACAAAGUUACCUCGAAAGUUCAUGGCAGUUCGAACCGAGGACAACAAAGUUUCAAAGCAUGUAGUCGUUUCAGACUUCAUUAUGUGUUUCUUUAUUGUGUGCAAGUGAGAAACAGAUAUCUGAUACUCGAAGAUAGAUACUUAACGCUGAAGUUAAUCACUCCAGUCAACUUUCAAAGAAACUUCAUCCUCGGUGCUAUCCACAAAGUUGGUUGGUAAAACAACGAAGUCGAAAUGUGGAUAGCGUUUAGCUUAUUGUCCGUCAUUUCGGCACUUUUGAACUACACCAAUGUCUUCUGCGGAAAGAGGCCUUUUCUAGUAUGGUCUUGUAGCCUAUCAACUUUGUUUCGAUUCCGGCAGCACGGUCGAGGGGCAACACGAAUGUAUGACUUCCUUAUAUACACGUCCAAAUGCCAAUACGAUGAACAAGUGUAUGGUCGCAUCCUUCCACGUGACAGCACUAUCAUGACAUACCGCCUUGUCAUCCUUCAUACCCAGGCACUACUUAGGGCGUCACGAUUUUCUUCUUUAUGUUAAAGACUUAUUAUUUAACUCAAGUAUUAAUGGAAAUAUGUUAAUAGAAGAAUCGUAUUUUGUUAAAACUGACGAUAUACCGUGGUUUUAAUAGGCCAGUGUUGCACAGUCCAAGCUCUUUCGUGAGCAGGGAGCUCACGAUCACGGGUGUACACAGUGCGUGCAACGAUGAAAUGUGCGAAUAUUUAAGCUAACUAUUGACAGUUAGCGAAUGCCUACUCAUCGGUGCCCGCGAGUAUACGCCCGUGCACUGCCACUGUAUAGAUUACUGUUGAGGUGAGAACAAGGAGUUCUUUUAUCCUAAAAUCUGUAAAUUUUUAUAAUGAAAUGAGUAAUUCUGUAUGUAUUAAAUAAACAUUAUGAACGUAUUA